AUGAAGCGUGCACAGAUGCGGAAAAGAUUCUCUGCUAUCGUUUUGAACAGCAUAGCCACGUUGACGCUUCAACUCGCUAUCAUCAGUGAUGCAUCGGUGUUAAAUCUUCGCAUAUUUAUGAAUGAAAUGGAAUUUAUGGCACUUUCUGUUGCUCGAGAAGUGGAAAACAUCUAUGCCGACAGGUGCAGUCGCCUCUCCUCUUGCGUAUCUUUUCACGAGUGUAAAUCUACAUUUCGUGAAGCCACGGCGGAGUGCAGGACGGACUACGUCGCGGAUUGCAAAGAUGUUGAGAACAGCGGAUGUGGAAAGACUUAUGAUUUUUAUCAAACAAAUGUACGGAUCCCUUCACAGCUCUUGAAUACACAAACAAGCCAACCAGAAGAUCCGCAUUUGAAAGAGGACAUAUGCUAUUCUAACUCCAUGACAGAAACGUUCAAGAAUACUGCGGAAAAUUUGGAGAAAACUUCGGAUAGAAUUUUGCAACCCCCGCAAACGUUCUUUGGUACUUCAAAUGGGAUGUUCAGGAUAUGGCCUGCACAACACUCUGAGGUUUGCGGCAUCAUGGAUACGAGGAUUCGACCGUGGUUUGUUGCUGCGUCUAGUGGACCAAAGGACGUCGUCAUCGUCAUCGACAAAUCGGGAUCAAUGGCUGUUCAAAAUCGAUGGGAUCUCGCGGUCAAUGCGGCAAAGUCCGUAAUCAAUACGCUCACUAUUGGAGACCAUUUUAGCGUUGUGCUUUUCUCGAUUACUGCAGAAACUCUUGGUUUCCCAACCCUCAUGAGAGCGACGAAAGAAAAUAAAGAAACAGUACUGCGAGCGUUGGAGGAAUCGAGCUAUGGCGGUCCGACAAACUUUGAGGCGGCAUUUGACAAGGCAUACGAUUUGUUUCAAUCCAGCAAAACAACUGAAAUAAGUUCAAAUUGUCACCGCGCAAUUCUAUUCUUAUCUGAUGGGGUACCAACAAUAGGCAAAGCUGGCACUGAUCUUUACACACAUAUAGCUGAGAAGAAUAUUUUUAGUGCGACGAUUUUUUCGUACGCUCUUGGUGCGAAUGCUGAUACGGCUACUUCAAAAGCAAUCGCGUGUACUUCUGGUGGUAUAUAUGCCAACAUUCCAGACGGUGGCGAUCUGGUACAGCAGAUGUCGGCAUACUAUAAGCUGUAUGCAAUUUUGCAAGGUGGUUCUGAAAAUAUGAAUUUUACAACUUGGGUGGAGCCUUAUUUAUAUUCAUCCGGGGUCAUGGGUACAACUGUAUCGACACCCGUUUUUGAUCGUUCUAGCAAUCCGCCACUUUGGAUAGGUGUUGUUGGUGUUGAUUUUACAAUUUCUGAACUUGAAGAAGCUGUUGGCGGUACAGAUAGUUACCAAGCUGUCCUGGAUGAGCUCGUUGCCGUUUCAACAGCAACAUGUCCCAAGACAAAUCUUGAGGAGCAAGCUUGUCUGAUUGAAGCUCUGCGUCGUGACGACAGCUCCGAAGGUGGAAUUUGUGGUUCUCCCGGUUCCUCGAGCUGCUCGUUUCAAACAGUGACUCCAUUGUUGUGUUCUGGGGCUAACUUUCCAUCUAUGUUUUGGGAGAACGCAUUUGUAUAUAAUACGCCGGAUUACAUAUCUCGAGGGUGUUGCGCAGGAGGUCCGGUCACGAAUUUGGGAGUAUGUUAUGCUUCUCCAUCCUCUGGAAUUACCCUGACUGGUCUCCUUGGUCUCACUUCUGCGAUUAUCGUCGCUUUGGUGUUUGCGUAA